UUGGGCUUUAUUGGAGUUACUCUGUCUCGUCCACACGAGCAUACCAAAACUCAAGUCUGCUCAAAGUUUGCUUCUUUUUUCCUUCGUUCUUCCAUUGUAAAGUGUUUGCCUUUUCUUCCAAAAUGGAGCAUAACGAGCAGAGUCACAGACCCAUCAAUGGCGGUACGAAACCAACAAUGAUAUCUGCGGUGGAGGCUCUCCAGACUGUUCUCAAGGUGGCUCAGCAGCUGCGACCAAUCACGGUUUCACUUCACGAUGCUCUUGGCAAGGUCCUAGCCGAGGAUAUUCGCGCUCCUGAUCCUUUACCUCCUUACCGAGCCUCAGUCAAGGAUGGUUAUGCAGUGGUUGCUUCAGAUGGGCCUGGUGAAUAUCCGGUUAUUACUGAAUCAAGAGCUGGAAAUGAUGGGCUUGGCGUUACUGUUACUCCCGGGACGGUUGCUUAUGUAACUACUGGAGGACCAAUACCUGAUGGAGCUGAUGCAGUUGUUCAGGUUGAAGAUACUGAAAAAGUUGAGGAUGGUUUGGCUGAAUCAAAACGAGUACGAAUAUUAGUGAAAACUAGGAAAGGUGUUGAUAUUCGUCCAGUGGGAUGUGAUAUUGAGAAAGAUGCUGUAGUAUUAAAAUGUGGAGAAAGACUAGGUGCUUCAGAAAUUGGCCUUCUUGCUACUGUUGGUGUUUUGAUGGUGAAGGUAUAUCCUACACCUACAAUUGCUGUGCUUUCCACAGGAGAUGAACUCGUGGAGCCAACAACUUUUUGUCUUAGUCGUGGUCAGAUUAGGGACUCCAAUCGUUCUAUGUUACUAGCAGCUGCAGUACAACAGCAAUGCAAGGUUCUUGAUCUUGGAAUUGUCGGAGAUGAUAAAGAAGAACUUGAGAGGGUAAUGGAUAAAGCUUUUUCUUCUGGAAUUCAUAUUCUUCUAACUUCAGGGGGCAUCUCCAUGGGAGACAAGGAUUUUGUCAAGCCAUUGCUUGAAAGUAGAGGGACCGUGCAUUUUAACAAGGUUUGCAUGAAACCAGGGAAGCCUUUGACAUUUGCAGAGAUAAAUUCGAAACCAGCAGAGAAUAUUGUGUCAGAAAAAAUUCUUGCAUUUGGCUUACCGGGAAAUCCUGUGAGCUGUCUAGUAUGUUUCCAUCUCUUUGUAGUCCCUGCCAUCCGCUAUCUCGCUGGAUGGACAAAUCCUCAUCUUAUGAGGUUGCAAGUUCGGCUUAACCAACCCAUAAAGACAGAUCCAAUCCGGCCAGAAUUUCAUCGUGCCAUUAUUAGGUGGAAGGCUAAUGAUGGAUCGGGCACUCCUGGAUUUGUUGCUGAGAGCACUGGUCAUCAGAUGAGCAGCAGGCUUAUGAGUAUGAAAUCAGCUAAUGUUCUAUUGGAAUUGUCAGCGACAGGCAGUGUAAUUCCUGCUGGAACAUCUGUCUCUGCUAUUGUAAUUUCUGAUUUAAGCAGCGCUACUGUUGUUGAGAGUAGCUUAGCUUUAGAUUCAGCUUCGUCAUGUCAAAGAAAUACAUCUGGAGAAACAACUAAAUAUGAGUCUGAGCAGGCUGAGUUCAGGGUAGCUGUUCUAACUGUCAGCGACACUGUUGCAUCAGGGGCUGGGCCUGAUAGAAGCGGACCUAGAGCAGUUUCUGUUGUAAAUUCUGCAUCAGAAAAGUUAGGAGGGGCAAGAGUAGUUUCAACAGCUGUUGUCCCAGAUGAUGUGAGCAAAAUCAAAGAACUUCUGCAGAGAUGGAGUGAUAUUGAUGGAAUGGAUCUCAUUCUUACCCUGGGUGGCACUGGCUUCACUCCAAGAGAUGUGACUCCUGAAGCAACCAAGGAAGUGAUUGAGAAGGAAACACCUGGCCUUCUGUAUGUCAUGAUGCAAGAGAGCUUGAAGGUGACACCAUUUGCUAUGUUGUCGCGCUCUGCAGCAGGAAUCAGAGGAUCAACAUUGAUCAUCAAUAUGCCCGGGAAUCCUAAUGCUGUUGCUGAAUGCAUGGACGCAUUAUUGCCUGCCCUCAAGCAUGCACUGAAGCAGAUAAAAGGAGACAAGAGAGAGAAACAUCCUCGUCAUAUUCCUCAUGCGCGAGCUGCACCAAUGGAUACAUGGGAACUUAGCUACAAGUUGGCUUCUGGUGGGGUCUCUGAACGUAGUUGUUCUUGUUCUCAUUAAUGCAAUGUUGAGGAAAGGAGGAGAAAAGUUGGAAAGACACCAUUUUCCUUCCUCUCAUGGGGAGAGAAAAAUAGAUGGAAAAUGGAAAGAAAAUCUAACAUGGGUCCAUCAAAAGAUUCUAUCUCCAAAUAUAGGAAGAAAAUGAAAAUAAAGUUAACUGAAACUACUAUGUAUAGAUGAUACCCUUAGCAUGACAUCUUUACAAUCAUCAAACAGUUUCCUUUUAUUUUCCAUUAUUAUGGAUAUUGUGCAAGUACAGAACAUGUAAUUUAUGUAUUGUAAGAGUAUUCAACUUGGUCGUCGUUUGAUUUAAAUUUAUUUUUGGAUUAAUUUAAGAAAUAAA